AGAUCCUCGCGACUUUCCAGUGGGGAGUGAGGCCUCACCAUAACUGUGAAGGGAAUGGCAACCACAAAGUGUCUUCAUUUUAGUGGCCGGCGGCUGGAGAACUGCACCAUGGAACUGUACAGUCGUGAAGGAGGACUGUUAGUGGCUUUGCUGCUGCAUCUGUGCCAGGCUCAAGAACUUGCUCCUCCCUCCCCACACCCUGAAUCUGUCCCCCCAAGCUUGGUUGAAGUGAUUGAUGCAGUGAAGGCAGCAUUUGAGCAGGCGGUAAAGAUUUCCAAAGACGAUGCGGCGCGAGAGGUCUUUGAACAAGUUGUGGAGGAACUUGUGCCAAAACAGGACGUUCCUGAGCAGACUCCAGAAAUGACAGAUGGAGGAGAAGACUUCAAUAGGGAUGCUGUAUCUGCCGUGGCGAAUGAACAUGGAGAUGGAGGUACAGAAGGUACAGAAGGCCUCACUGCUUUGGAUGCCGCGCAGGAGCCUGCCGAAGCAGCGCUCUACACAUCAGAAACUGAACAAGUGCAAUCAAAUGAAGAUAUGAGUAAAGAGGAAGAGGACUCAGUGUUGGAUCAUGCACCACUUAAGGACCUUGUGGAAGCAUCGCAAACGCCACACCAAGAGUCAUCCCAAGAAGCUGAAGAACUCAAGUCAGUUGAGGAGACAAAUAUAGAACCAGUGGAGUCAAUUCAAGAACCUCCUCAAAUUGGUGAGGAGCCAGUUGAACAGCCAGACGAAUUGGCUGUGGCUCCAGAAAAGGAAUCUGAGGACAAAGGCCUUGUUGACCCAAAAGACACUGGGUCAAAUCUCUUCUCAGUGCAAGCAAAGGUCCCUCCAGAUUCAGCAACAGAUGGAGAGAGUCAGGACGGGAAGAAGGCAGGAGAGCAGGUAAAAGACGAAGAAGUAAAACAGGACCAGAAGCUUGUGGAGCUUUUGGAGGAGCAGAAUACUCUGGAGUCUGUGGGAACUGGGGAAACAGACAUAGAAGAAGCUGAGAAGUUGAAGGACAUAGGCGUAAGAGAAUCAAAAGACCAGAAAUUGAGAUUCCCUGAUGGGAAGCCACCCAGGCUGCCUGAACCAAUAAAGCAAAUGACCGAAUUGCAACCCAGUCAGGAGCGAGACCAAGGUGUAAUUAAAGAAGUGAUCGCUCAAGCUGGUGCCCUGGAGCAAGACAUCCAGGAGGAAGGUGAACAUGGAAGAACAGUGGAAGCUGGUGAUGGUGGAGAUGCAGUUGAAGAUACAGUUGAGACUGUGGACGAUCAAGAGGAGGCAGAAACAAGGAGGUCUGGAGGGGAAGCUGAGGCAGUUGAACCCAUUGAAGAAAUGGAGGUCAUUGUAAAAGCGACACAGAAGCUACAGCUACAGAAGACCCCUCACGAAGCAGAUGUCACACAGGAAACUAAUGAUAUGAAUGGCAUCGUCACCUCCAGGGACCCUUUGCUGGGGCCUGUGGAGCCCAAUCAGGAAACACUGAUACCUGGCAACGCUGCCAAGGCCCUUCCCCCUUUCCCCACCCAGAGUCCGGAGCAUGCAGACACUGUUGAACUGCUGGAGGAGCACACAGACCACACACGGCCCUCCUCUCCAGAAGUAUGGAAAAUUGGAGCGAUAGCAGCAGCGUUCUUCCUCAUUCUACAAACUGUCAUUACCGUCAUCUACAUUCUCAAGUGUAAAAGAAAGACUAGCAAUGGUGCAAGAAAAGACAAAGCAUGUGAGGAGGGAAACGGGGGUGUUGAAAACAACAUGGCAAUGACAGAAACAAGCGUACCAGCAGAAGAACAAAACUCUUUGGACAGUCUGCCGAUAUACUCGAAGGUCCAGCAAGAGUCUAUCCCAAUGAAAACUAUCCCAGCAGACUCUACAGUGGUGUAAUCAUUAUAUGACCCAUCAACACCUUUGCUUUAGAACUGCUUAAACACCACUGACCUAUACAGACAUUUUUGACUGUCUGUAUCUUUGUGACUGUGGUUUACAACAGACUGUUGGUUUUACAUGUUUAUGAUAGUUUACUUGUGAUACGUUGUUUUAUUGUUGUAUUAUUUCUUGUUACCUUCAUCACGUAAUACUAAAUCUAUAUAAUUUAGUGUUGACAGUAUACUGUAGGUAUAUAUACACACUAUACAUCUGUACUGUAGUUGGUUGUGAUUUGAGUGGAUUAAAUAUUCUAUAAAAAAAAAAAGGAAUGGUAAGAAUAAAGUAUGUCAGAUAAUUUGAUUUUUAUUGUA